AUGCGGCUGUGGUCCGCACCAGCUGGUUUAUUUCCUUACUCCUUUGACGAGGUGGUAUCUGUGUUUUGGGACCGAUAUCCUAAUUCUUUUGCCAAACAUAUCGUAUCUGAAGAUGUGUUGGAAAGAACAGUCACUGAAAAUACGAUCACAACAAAGAAACUGAUCGUAAAGCAAGGUGAUAUCUUCACCUAUUUCUCCUCUCAAUUUUCGUUUUUCUUUUCUCUCAAAUUGAGUUUAGGAAGCUCGUUUCUCAAAAGGGUACCACGUUGGUUGUCACGUAUGACGGAAAUUCGAACAGUACCUGUAAGCACUUUUGCUUUUUAUCGCUUCGUCAUGAGUGUCAUCUCACUCGUCGCUGAAUUUACCCUACAUUGUAGGUAA